AUACUCUCUCCGUCCCGAUGUUAUUCAUUUUCUUGUUUUAUUUUUCCAAAAAGUAUUAGUUACGUGAAAGUAUAUAGUACUAUCCUUGGUUGACUUGACUCCCGAGUCUCCCGUCCUUGGUUGACUCCCGAGUAUAAACAGUGAGCUUGCGAUCUGAAAGUUGAUCAAGUGCAGAAGAUGAAUAUGUCGGGAGGCACAGAAGGCGAGGUGCAGCAUGAGAUAGUCAUAGUUGGUGCUGGUAUUUGUGGUCUUGCCACUGCUCUUGCCUUGCACAGGAAAGGUAUAAAAUGCAUAGUUUUGGAAAGAUCAGAGAGCUUGAGAUACAUUGGGGGAGGCAUUGGCAUUAUGGCAAACGGAUGGCGUGCUUUACAUCAACUCGGUGUUGAUUCCAUCCUUAAACAAACUGCUGAUCCUAUAGUAGGGUCAAAAGAUAUAUGGCUUGACAAGAACAAGCAGCGAGAUAUGUCAUUCAUGAGUAGCGAGGCUCGUUGCUUGAGGAGAAGUGAUCUCAUCAACACCCUUUACAAUGCUUUACCACCUAAUGUGGUAAAGUUUGGACAUCAAAUUGUCUCUGUGAAACUGGAUCCUCAAACUAAUAAUCCCAUUCUUCAGCUUCAAGAUGGAAAUUCUUUAUCGUCCAAGGUUUUAGUUGGGUGUGAUGGAGCCAACUCGGUGGUUGCCGAUUUCCUGCAACUCAAGCAUACAAAAGUAGCUGGACUUUGUUCCGCUAGAGGGUUAACCAACUAUCCUAAUGGGCAUCCAUUCACUAAUGAGUUUGUCCGCAUGAAGAGAAACAACACUGCCGUGGGUCGAGUCCCGAUUGAUAGUAAGCUGGUUUACUGGUUUGUUGCUCACCCAUGGGUGCAAACAGAUACCCAAAUUCCUCAAGACAAGGAACUUAUAAGGCAAUACACUCUGCAAUCAGUUAAAAGUUUCCCAAAAGAAAUUGUGGAACUGAUAAAGGACACUGACUACGAGACACUUUCUUUCACACGUAUAAGAUAUCGUAGACCGUGGGAUUUACUACUGGGAAGCUUUCGCAAAGGAACAGUAACAGUAGCUGGAGAUGCCAUGCAUGUAAUGGGUCCAUUCAUUGGACAAGGCGGUUCAGCAGGUUUAGAAGAUGCCAUUGUACUUGCUAGAAACUUGGCCAAGAAAAUGUCGAUGACUCCAACUGAUCCAAGGAGUAUUGAGGAAGCACUGGAUCAAUAUGUAAAGGAACGGAGGAUGAGGAUAGUUCGAAUGUCUACACAAACUUACCUUACUGGUAAACUGAUAACAGAAUCUACUCCACUGCUGGUAAAGUUUGCUUGCAUAAUCCUCAUGAUUCUUCUCUUCAGGGAUGCUAGUGGUCACACUAAAUAUGAUUGUGGAACCCUUUGAUCAUUUGCUGUUAAGCUUACCUAUUGCCUAUAAAAUAAUGCAGUUCCUUAGAGGAAGUAAGUUUAAAUUUAUGAUACUUGGUUUUGCUGUAAUGUAAUACCAUGAGAUUAUGAGAACAUGUUUUAAAUUUAUGCA